GGCCACAGGCCCACAGCAGCAAACCGAAUCCACCAACGAAUGCAACCGCAGCAGAUCCAGAGACCAGCCAUCGCCAUGGCCAUGGCCGGCCUCCUCCUCAAGCUCCUCCCACCUCAACCCGCUCCAUCCAUCCUCUCCUCCACCUCCCAACGACGGUGGUUAUCUCACCGUCGGCCACCACCAAUCCACCACACCGCCACCACCAGAAUCAAAAGCAGCGGCGACUCCUCCUCCUCCUAUGCCGCCACCACACCCGCAACAAAAACCUCAACGACGGUGAAGCUCACCUACCUCGAGUUCAACGGCUGGCUCUGGGAGCUGCCCGGCGGCUUCCGGAUCCUCGUCGACCCCAUCCUCGUCGGCAACCUCGACUUCGGCAUCCCAUGGCUCUUCGACGCCGCCAAGAAGACCCUCAACCCCAAGGACGCCGACGGCGCCGCCCUGCAACACCUCAACGUCGACCUGCUGCUCAUCACACAGAGCCUCGACGACCACUGCCACCUGCGCACCCUCACCAAGCUCGCCGCCAUCCGCCCCAACCUCCCCGUGGCCACCACGCCCAACGCGCGCCCCAUCCUCUCCGCCCUCCCCUUCACCGACGUCACCUACCUCGAGCCAGGCCAGUCCACCACCGCUGGCGAGGUCACGGUGCUCGCCACCGCCGGUCCCGUGCUCGGCCCGCCAUGGCAGCGCCCGGAGAACGGCUACAUCGUCACCACGGCCGGGAAGAGCGUCUACUACGAGCCGCACUGCGUGUACGACGCCGGCUUCCUUCGCGACAGGGCGCUCCGCGCCGACGUGCUCAUCACGCCCGUCAUCAAGCAGCUCCUCCCGGCCGACUUCACCCUCGUCUCCGGCCAGGAGGACGCCGUCGAGCUCGCCGGGCUGCUCAACCCGAGCUACGUCGUGCCCAUGAGCAACGGUGAGUUUGACGCCAAGGGCCUCCUCGCCGCCCUCGUCUCCACCCGGGGCACCAUCCAGGCCUUCAGGGCCAUGCUCGCCGACGCCCUCCCCGACGCAAAGGUCGUCGAGCCCACCCCCGGCGUCCCGCUCCACCUCUGCUUCGACGACGACCAGGACAACAACAACAACACCAAUUCAUCAUCAUCAUCAUCAUAGAUUAGUUCCAUUCUCUAUUACAUUGCAACAACAUAAGACAGAUAGAGAGCUCUAGUAGAAUGUAGUUCGAAAAUUCUUAAGAUGAUAUAUAUGCAAGUAUAAUACAAUUUUUUUCCUUUUGAUUUGAAGGAUAAGUAUAAUACAAUCUUGGUCCUUAGUGCAA